AUGCUCUUUUAUGAAGCGCAACGAAGCGGAAAGCUGCCGGAAAAUAAUCGCAUUCCAUGGCGUAAAGAUUCAGCCCUGAUAGAUGGCUUUGAUAACAACGUGUCAUUGACAGAAGGAUACUAUGAUGCAGGAAACUAUCUCAAAUUUACUGUGCCGUUAUCGCAUGCCAUUUCAUUGCUUAGCUGGGGAGCCGCAGAAUGGUUUGAUUCAUACCAAAGGACAAACCUUGUGGAAGACCUCCGUGGAACUAUAAAAUGGGGCACUGAUUGGCUUAUCAAAGCUCAUCCUGAACCAAACGUCUUGUUCGUUCAGGUGGGUGGAGGCGAAAUCGAUAAUGAGUAUUGGGGACCGGAUACAAACAUCCCGUUACCAAGACCAUCGUACAUGAUAAACAGCAGCGCACCAGGCACAGAUGCAGCUGCGCUGACCUCAGCCGCAUUAUCAUCAGCAUCUUAUUUAUUCAAAAACUAUCUUAAUGAUACCGCUUACGCUAAUGAAUUGCUGGCACAUGCUGUUAGUUUAAUGGAUUUCGCAGAGACAGCAAAGCCAUGGACACCAUAUUCUCAGUCUGUUCCUGCAGCCGCUGACUAUUAUAACACCAACCGGUAUCAAAGCCAGUUAAUAUUUGGUAGUCUCUGGUUGAACAAAGCAACUGGAAACAACACUUACUUGGAGAAGGCAAAUGCUUAUUAUGACAUGUUUCGUACUGAAUUGUUCUAUGGGAUUACAGAUUGGAGUGAUCAAACAGGAGCAGCACUCGUGUUGGGAGCGUCUCUAAACGCAACAAAGUACAAACAGCUUGCAACUGAUUAUUUGAAUCGUGUUUUGGAUACAACGUCGCAGGACAGCAUUUGCAACUACACCUAUGGAGGGCUAUUUUACUGCCAAGGCUACAGUUACUCUAAUUCUGUGAUGCCACCACUCAAUACUGCUUUAUUAGUUGGAUUCAUGAAGAAAUCAUUUCCUGAAACUGGAUCCAACUACACGGAUUUUGUCAAGAACCAAAUGAACUAUAUCCUAGGCAGCAACCACAUGAAUACGCCCUAUAUUGUAGGUGUGCACAAGAAUUCUCCUCGCAAUCCACAUCAUGCAGCAGCUUCUGGGGGAACUGAUUUGAAAAAAAUUAAUGAAUCGCCAAAAGAGAUGGCACACAUUCUCUAUGGAGCCAUUGUGGGAGGUCCAGAUUAUUACGACAACUUUUAUGAUAUUCGCAACGACUAUCGACAAACAGAAGUGGCAUUAGAUUACAAUGCACCUUAUCAAAGCUUAAUCGCAUAUCAAAUAUCGAUUGGUGCCUCUGAUCCACCGUAUGUCAACAUCACUCAAGACCGACCUAACAUUCUUUCUGGAGACGAUUCAUUUGCUGGGUGGAAGAUUGCCGUUAUUGUUGUGUCAAUCUUGCUGUUUUUGGCAUUGGUUGUAUUAGCCAUUUGGUGGCGAAAGAGAAAACAAAGAGCAAGCCAUGCAAACAGGGAUGUCUUUGUGGAUGAAUCAAAAGAGGAUGAUGAAACCUUUGUGGGCGGUCAAACUGUGAGAGCCUAA